AUGCUCUCCACUCUUGUUCUCGUCGGCGACUUCGCCAUCGUCUACACCAUCGGCAUGAUGCGCCUUCUCUUCGAGCUAUUUUUGUACCUUGUCACAGGCAAGACAACCCUACUUCAAAGGGACAGCAGCAGCGGCUUUGAAAGCAGCAGCAACAAUGGCAGCAACAACAGCAGCCUCAGCAGCAACAACAACGGCAGUGCCCUCAUCCGCACCAUCAAGAUCAGCCGUGGCGGUUGA